GCGGAUGCUUGCAACGGUGCUGACCACCUUGGCGCCCUACUUUACGAAUGACAAGCGACUUCGGCUGAUGAAUCGCCUGAAUGUAAGCACCAUCUCCAUGCCUUCCCCGACGAACAAGGAUCAGCUCACGACUAGCCCGAAGGGAGACUUGAAGGAGGAGAUGGGCAUCCAGAACAAUGAGAAGGAGGAGAAGGAGGAAGAGGCAAACACCCCCAGCACGGGUGUCGUGGAGAACGAUGUGCCCGCUGACUUGCGACCAAUGAACCGCCGUUGGGAGGAGAAGCUGCAGACUGUAGAUGUGUGA